AUGACAGACGACGAAAACUCCGACUCGCAACGUCGCUCACGGACAAGUGCGGCAGAGGGCACCAAAGGAGCUGCGACGGAGAAGCAACUUCAGCCCUCGUCAUCCAGUUCUUCCGCCGCCGCCGUUACCGCAUUGUCGACGCCCGGCGCAGAGACGACCGCGACCGGCGGGAAGACAGCGGCAGCCUCUCGCAAAACACCGGCGCCGCACGACAAGGAAAUCGUGAUGGAUCAAACUAACCUUUCGAGCGUUGCGGCCGCAUCUUCCCCCCCCUCCCACGCGUCGUCGUCGUCGAGUGCCGAUAAGCAGCAUCUCCGUCGCCUGGCCCUGUACGGCAGCCGCGCUAUGGCGGCCGGUGGGAAGAAAGGGCCUGCCGCAGCGGCAGACCCGCACGGGAGCGCGCACGGCCGCCACGCCCUCACCGCCUUCGGGGCUCGCCGCAGCGGCGAGCUCGCCUCCUACAUCCAGCACGGCGGUGACCUCACCUCUCAAGGGCGGUAUCUAGUCGUUGGCGACGGCUUGAUGGCGCCGUUCAUGGCGCUCUGCCUGCGUGUGCAUGGGCUGGAGUGCGAUCUUGCUCAUCACCCCUCGCAGAAUGACCUCGACCGCGGCACGGUCGUGCUGACGCCGUCCGUCACGCAGCUGAUGGGCGACGUGCUCAACGUCUCCGUGCCGUCUGGCAGCGUUGUUGGGCGCGUGCUCACGUUUGACCACGUUGGCAACGAUAUGUGCGACAUCGACCUCAACGAGUUCCGCGAGAAGGGCGAGAGUCCCACGUUCUUCUGCUGUGACCGGCUCAAGGUGGAGUCGGCGCUGGUUUCGCUGUGCCGCAUCGGCGCGCACAGCUGCACGGUGCUGCCGAAGCCCCAGAUCGACAAGGGUGGCCUCGAGGCCCUCGAGAACGGUGGGGUACGGGUGCGCUUUGCCAGCGGUGUGCAGCAGGACUACCUUGGCGUCAUCUGCACAGCGCGCAACCAGGACCUCGUUCCGGAGCUGACAAUAACAAACGAAGAGCUACAAGCGCGUGCCGAGAACACUGAGAAGUACCGCAGUACGUUCAGCAAGUCCGUGCGGUGGAUGGAGCUGUGUGUACCGCCGCUGCCGGAGCUUGGUAAGUUUGAGAAGCGCUUCACCCCUGGGUCGCAGGAGAUCGUUGAAAUCCUCACGCCGCGCGACGCCAAGAUGACAGUACGGCCGACGAUGAUGGCGACGAAGCUGUUUUACAACGUCACUCUCACCAUCCCUGAUGGCACGGCAGACCCGCGACUGAAGAGCACCAGCACGAAGCUUUUCUGGGACGAUGUGGUCAUGCAUUGGACCUCGGGUGUGCCGGGGUACAUCUCUCAUACGAUGUUUCGGCCGAUGUUCACGCACCUGCAGCAGAACUUCACCAAGUCCAGCGCUCUUGUCUAUCGCACGCCGCUCUUCUUGAUGCCGCACUGGUCAGAGGGUGGUGGCCGCGUGAUCAAAGUUGCCCACGCCGCGCACGGCUCGUGCUUCGACGCGGUGGACGUGUCUGAUGCUCAGGGCUUCACCGACUGCUUCACCCUGGCGCGUACUGUUGCCGGCGGUGAGGACGUCGCGGCCUUUCUGAAGGAGCGGCGACUGCUGGUAAUGGAAGAGAUGGACCACCAUUCCCGCCUUACCUAUUAUGGUCUCAAGGAGCGGGGCCAGAUGGCGUACAUGAUGUCUCGCUUCAACAUGAAGAUCAUGCGCAAGUACAAGAAGAGCUGGCGGUCCAUCCUGCAGAACUACAUUACGCUGAUGCCCAAGGGCAUUCCGCGCUGA